UCUAAAAUCGCUGGGAUUUGUCGUCAUCCCAACUUAAGUCGCAUUUGACAAUUGGAAAAUCGCACCGCAGAGAACUGGAUUGUUUUCUUCUCAAGUUUAUUCACUGUGUUCUUCACUGAUCCACGCGACACAGCUGAGCUCUCCAAUUUCAGCUGAUUGGUUUGUGGGAAAGAAUUGCCUCCAUUGUGGACCUUGUGGUUGUGCUGAUUUUACUCAUGUCAGUGGCAAAAGAGGAUGGCAUGCCCUUCAGUUCCGAGCUCUUAUCAGACGUUUUCGAGGAGCUUCUUGAUUGUAUUAUUGUUGAUGUUGCAUCAGAGUCGCACCGUAUAGCUAGGCUAGGACUUGACCGUCAUCUGGACGAGGAGGAGGAGGAGUUGAGGCUGUCGGCUGAGGCACGGGCGAGGGCAUCCGACCCUAGCCAUAGUGGGGAAGCCAAUGGCAAAUACGUCGUUGACAUAUUCGGGCAAACUCACCCUGCAAUUGCUGAUGAGAUAUUUGAGUGCAUGAACUGCAGCAGAUCUAUUGUGGCUGGAAGAUUUGCUCCUCACUUGGAAAAGUGCAUGGGAAAGGGUAGGAAGGCGCGUCUCAAGUCAACCAGGAGCUCGACUGCUGCACAGAACCGGUACUCUCGAGGGAGCCCUAAUUCCAACACAAACCGUUUGAAUAAUGGAGGCGUUGGAAAUGCAGGUCAUGAAUAUUCGAAUGGAGCGUUGGAGGGACCAUGAGAAGACACGGUCCGAGGUUACUUCGAGCUCGAGCUUUAGGCGUAGCGUGCACCCCCUGGCCCCAUCGAGCCUACGGCACCCCCGGAUUCUUCUAUGUAUUACUUAGAACAGAUUCUAGUCUCCUGGCUCGUUUCUGAGAUGGCAUGUAAAAAUGUAGCAAAAAUGGAUCAUUAAUAUUUUGAAUUUGAUACUAUUGCUUCUUGGAUAAGGAGUUUCUUGAUAUAUUAAUGUGAUAUUAUGUUAUAAA